AUAAAAGACAGAUACACACAUGUAGUUUAUUGCAUAGAGGUUAGAUUCUUUGAGAAAAACUUGUAUCUCUCUUUGCAGGAGGUUCAACCACCACCAACUUUUUUUCGCUUGCUGAUUUUAAUGAAUUCAUUUUAUCUGCAACCUAUGUUUCGUGUCAGAGAAACCCCCUUAUUCUUCACCCUGUCCCUCUCUCUCUCUCUCUCUAACAAUUGCAUUUGUGGCCUAUAAUUCAGUACCCCUUUCGCUCUUCUGCUUUCCUUUUAUGCUCCUCGCAUUCUUGCACGCAAAUACCCCAGAAACGAGCUUCUCUAAUCAUGGCAUUUUUCUCACUUUGAUUUCUCCAAAUUCUCGAUUUUUUCUUUAUUUUCCGAGGAAGAUGAUAAUGGCGGUGAAAUCUACCGCGAGAAUGGGAGGGAGAUUGUUGAAUGAAAUCUUGAGUUUCUUAGUGUUCAGUGUGUUGGACGUGGUGGAUAUGAUUCUGUGCUACGUUUACAAAGUGGCGGAUUUCUUCAUCGAGGCGGAAUGGAAGGCGUGCUACUGCUCCUCCUCCUCCUCCUCCUCGGCCGUGGCCGGCGGUGGCAAGAUCGUGGUGUCGGAGGCGGGGGAGUCCAAGAUCGUGCGGCUGACCUGCAGCAAGCUGCACCUCGAGGAGAUCUCCGACACGCUCUACACGCGCCCCUCCCUCGUGUCGGCCGUCUCAAAGUCCACCGUCAUCCGCCCUUCCCGGAGACCGGCCGUCCGGUCGUCGUUCACGGUGAACUCGACCGUUAUCAACAUGCUGCAGGGUAGGAUUGGGCGGCUGCAGACGCUUCCCAUUCCGAGGUGGUCGGAUUGUAACUGCAAAACUUGCACCUCAUGGACUGCUGCUUCAUGCAGGGACACUCUCUUUGUCAAAGUUGACGGAGCUCCAGGAGGAAAUGCGCGGGAAGAUGUUGUGUUCAUUCAUGGGUUUAUAUCGUCGUCUGCGUUUUGGACAGAGACGCUUUACCCAAAUUUCUCCAAGUCUGCAAAAUCAAAGUACAGAUUAUUUGCCGUGGAUCUGCUGGGUUUCGGGCGGAGUCCGAAGCCCACGGAUUCGCUCUACACAUUGAAAGAGCAUUUGGACAUGAUCCAACGAUCCGUUCUUGAGCCUUACAACGUCAAAUCCUUCCACAUUGUGGCGCAUUCGCUGGGAUGCAUUCUCGCUCUCGCUCUCGCAGUCAAGCACCCUUCCGCCGUCAAGUCCCUCACGCUGCUCGCACCCCCGUAUUUUCCAACGCCGAAAGGGGAGGCGGCGACGCAGUACAUGAUGAGGAGGGUGGCGCCGCGGCGGGUGUGGCCGGUGAUCGCCUUCGGGGCGUCGAUGGCGUGCUGGUACGAGCACAUUAGCCGGACUAUCUGCCUAGUCAUAUGCAAGAACCACCGCGUUUGGGAAUUUCUCACCAAACUCCUCACCAGAAAUAGGAUGAGGACAUACUUGAUGGAGGGUUUCUUCCUGCACACACACAACGCGGCGUGGCAUACGUUACACAACGUUAUAUGUGGCACGGCCGGCAAGAUCGAAACCUACUUGGACGAGGUGAAGAAUCGACUCAAAUGCGACAUCACCAUAUUUCAUGGCAGAAACGACGAACUCAUCCCCCUCGAAUGCAGCUACAAUCUUCAGUCCAGAAUCCCUCGAGCCCACGUUAAGGUUAUCGAAAAUGAAGAUCACAUCACCAUCGUUGUCGGAAGGCAGGAGGCCUUUGCCAGGGAGCUCGAGGCUAUUUGGAGGAAUGCAAGCCCUUGAUUAAACUUAUAUAUACUAUACUAUACUAUACUAUAUAUACACUACAAAAAAAAAUAAAAAAAAUGAGAAAUGUGAUUACCUAAAAAUCAUCACUAUCAACAAAGCUUUGGUUUCAUCAAGAUUAAUUAGGACUAAAGCAUAUAUUGAAUAUCUGUCCAAGUUUUCUACUAUUCCUAAUUUCUUCUUGUACGGUCCAGGUUCUAUAAUUAAAUCACCGAAUUGAAUUAUAUAUUGUUUAGGUGUGCAUUUAAUUAGAUGUUAUUCUAUCAUAGAAGUGGUGUAAGAAUUUGUUGUGAGGAGACGGUGGAGAAUUAAUCGAAGCCAAUUCGACGUAAGCCAUAUAUAUUUGUUUUAA